GCAACUGGAAAUAAAUAAAAGUAUCAAUAGACACGGAAAAUGAAAAAUAAAUGAAAAUGGAAAAAGAUAAAAUAAAAAAUAAAAAAACAUAGAAAAGAAGAAGUUUCUAACCCUAAUCCUCGACAUUCGAAUCCGUUGAAAUUGCACCAUUACAAGGAAAAUUCCAUCUCUCCAGUCCAGUUUUCUCUCUAAAAAGUUCAAUUUCGUAUUGAAGUAUGGAUAUUUCCGAUGAUUCUAAAAAAUUGAAGAAUUUGGAGGUCCCUCUAUCGGCGGAAGAGCUUGAGAGGAAGAAGAAAAAGGAAGAAAAGGCGAAAGAAAAAGAAUUGAAGAAACAGAAGGCAGCACUCAAAGCAGAAGCUGCAAAAGUUCAGGCACAACAAGCAGCUAACACCUCUAAGAAGACUGAAAGGAAGAAUCUGAAGAAGGACGCUAAGGAUGAGGAUCCAAAGGAUUAUUUAGAUCCAGAGACGUCGCUUGGUGAGAAGAAGCAGCUUUCACGUUCAAUGGCAAAGCAAUAUUCUCCUGCUGCAGUUGAGAAAUCAUGGUAUGCUUGGUGGGAAAGUUCUGGGUUUUUUGUGGCAGAGUCUAAUAGCUCAAAACCACCUUUUGUCAUUGUCCUUCCACCACCAAAUGUGACUGGGGCAUUGCAUAUUGGUCAUGCUCUUACUGGAGCAAUUGAGGACACAAUGAUUCGCUGGCGAAGAAUGUCUGGAUACAAUACAUUGUGGGUUCCUGGAAUGGACCAUGCUGGAAUAGCAACACAGGUGGUUGUGGAAAAAAAAAUUAUGCGUGAAAGAAGACAGACCAGGCAUGAUCUUGGCCGAGAAAAGUUUGUCUCAGAAGUUUGGAAUUGGAAAAAUGAGUAUGGUGGCAAAAUCUUGAAGCAGCAACGUAGCCUUGGUGCAUCCAUGGAUUGGUCCAGAGAGUGUUUCACAAUGGAUGAGAAAAGAUCAAUGGCAGUAACUGAAGCAUUUGUAAGGCUGUACAAUGAGGGUCUUAUAUAUAGGGAUCUCCGAUUGGUAAAUUGGGAUUGUGUGCUGAGAACCGCAAUAUCUGAGAUUGAGGUAGACUAUGUUGAUCUGAAAGGACGGGAGUUUAGAAAAGUUCCUGGGUAUGAAGAUCCAGUCGAAUUUGGUGUGUUGACAUCAUUUGCAUAUCCAUUAGAGGACAACCUUGGUGAGAUUGUUGUUGCUACUACUAGGGUGGAAACAAUGUUAGGCGAUACAGCAAUUGCUGUACAUCCAGAUGAUGCCAGGUACAAGCAUUUGCAUGGCAAAGUGGCCAUCCAUCCUUUUAAUGGAAGAAAAAUCCCAAUUAUUUGUGAUUCAAUACUUGUUGAUCCAGCUUUUGGGACUGGUGCUGUCAAGAUCACGCCUGCCCAUGAUCCUAAUGAUUUUGAUGUUGGGAAGCGUCACAAGCUAGAUUUCAUCAACAUCUUCACUGAUGAUGGAAAAAUAAGCAGCAAUGGUGGCCCAGAGUUUGUUGGGAUGCCAAGAUUCAAAGCUCGCAUAGCAGUAACUAGAGCAUUGGAAGAGAAGGGAUUAUAUAGAGGUGCUAAGGACAAUGAGAUGCGUCUUGGUAUAUGCUCGAGAAGUAACGAUGUUGUUGAACCAUUGAUAAAGCCUCAGUGGUACGUUAACUGCACCACUAUGGCCAAGGAUGCUCUUGAUGCUGUUAUGGAUGAGGAGAAUAGAAAGAUUGAAAUUAUUCCAAAAGAAUAUGAGGCUGAUUGGAAAAGAUGGCUUGGAAAUAUCCGAGAUUGGUGCAUCUCAAGGCAGCUUUGGUGGGGGCACCGUAUACCUGCUUGGUAUGUGACUUUGGAGGAUGAUCAGCUGAAGGAAUUGGGUGCUUAUAAUGACCAUUGGGUAGUCGGUAGGAACGAGGAUGAGGCACAAGCCGAGGCUUGCAGAAGAUUUGCGGGGAAGAAGUAUCAUAUUUCUCAAGAUCCUGAUGUCCUUGAUACCUGGUUUUCUUCUGGUCUUUUCCCAUUGUCUGUUUUGGGCUGGCCCAAUGAGACAGAUGAUUUCAAGAACUUCUAUCCAACUUCAGUUCUUGAAACUGGACACGACAUCCUUUUCUUCUGGGUUGCACGGAUGGUAAUGCUAGCGAUGAAACUUGGGGGUGACGUGCCUUUUAGAAAGGUCUACCUUCAUCCUAUGAUCCGUGAUGCACAUGGGCGUAAAAUGUCAAAAUCAUUGGGGAACGUUGUGGAUCCUCUCGAGGUGAUAAACGGGAUAUCUCUGGAAGAUCUUCACAAGAGGCUGGAGGAAGGAAAUUUGGAUCACAGUGAGCUUUCCAGAGCUAAAGAUGUACAAAGGAAAGACUUCCCUAAUGGCAUUCCAGAGUGUGGUGCUGAUGCUCUCCGGUUUGCUCUUGUAUCUUAUACUGCUCAGUCCGAUAAAAUAAACUUAGAUAUUCAACGCGUCGUUGGGUAUCGUCAAUGGUGCAAUAAGCUGUGGAAUGCUAUUAGGUUCGCUAUGAGCAAACUGGGUGAUGAUUACACUCCUCCCACAAGUAUAGAGCCUCAUGUCAUGCCAUUCAGUUGCCAGUGGAUACUCGCUGUCCUGAACAAGGCUGUUGGUAAAACUGUCUCAUCACUUGAGGCGUAUCAGUUUUCUGAUGCUGCUACUGCAGUGUACUCCUGGUGGCAAUUCCAACUCUGUGACGUUUUUAUUGAAGUCAUCAAACCAUAUUUUUACAGCAAUGAGGAUUUAUUUGAAUCUCAGAGAGCUUUUGCUCGGGAUGCACUUUGGGUAUGCCUUGAUAGUGGGCUUCGACUACUACAUCCUUUUAUGCCAUUUGUAACCGAAGAGUUGUGGCAGAGGCUUCCACAACCGAGAGAUUCUAUAAAGAAAGAAUCGAUUGUAAUAAGUGAGUAUCCUUCUGUUGUACAGUCUUGGACCAAUGAAUGUGUGGAGCGUGAAAUGAAGCUGAUUGAGUCUGCUGUAAAAUCUCUUAGGUCUCUUAAGUCAUUAUUGCCUGCCAAAGAAAGACUUGAAAGGAGACAAGCUUUUGCACUUUGCCGGACUGAAGAAGUGAGAGACAUUGUUCAGAGUCAUGAGUUGGAGAUCUUAACUCUUGCUGGUUUAUCAUCUUUGAAGAUUCUGAAUGAGAAUGAUGCUGCUCCUGCUGGAUGUUCAGUAGAUGUUGUAGAUGAAAGGCUCUCUGUUUAUCUCAAGCUCAAAGGAUCAAUCAAUGCAGAAGCAGAGCGUGAGAAGCUGAAGAAGAAGAUUGAGGAUGCAAAGAGGCAGCAAGCGACUCUGGAAAAGAUGAUGGAGGCUUCUGGAUACAUAGAGAAGGUUCCGCCUAAAAUUCAGGAGGAAAAUGUGGCAAAGUGGCAGAAACUCUUGCAAGAGGUCUCCUCACUUGAACGAGCUUUCCAGCACCUUGAACUAGAUAUUGCUGCCCAAGGAGCCGCCGAGAGGCCUGAAUAAGUCUUGGGUUCUGAAUCAUGAAACCAAACAAGAGAAUUACAGAGCUGAUUCUUUUUCCCGCAUUCUUUAAAUCAUACUUGAGAUCAACUUGUGAAACCCUUUAUUGAGAGGAAUCAGGAGGAACUGUUGGUGCAUUUGAUACUCUGUAUCACAACCAUGUACUUUCUAUGUGAUGGUAACCUCCAAAUUUUGGUAUUUAGGAAGCAGAAACACCCCCAGUCUGCCCUUUGAAGUGGCUGUAAGCACAUUGUUAAUUGGAUUACGUGACUUGUUUUUAUAGUAUGAAUUUGUGUGGUUGUCAUGUAGAUUAGUUGGAAAAAUGUUUUGGGGGUGGAAUACAAGGAUCACUGUUCUUAGUUACUCUCUGAUACCAAAAAGUAGUAUGAAUUAUGACGAAACGAAUAUGAAUUCAACGUUGUAAUUAUUUGUUACCAGAAUUUAAUUUUCUUUUUAAA